CACACACGCAAACACACACAAACACACACACCACGUACACUACAUACACACACACUGCAUACCAUGCAAUCGUCUGACGGGUGGUUUGACGACAUGGAGUUGGGCGAAGACGACCUCGCCGCACCAGCCUACGACGAUGGCAUCGGCAUGGGUGGCGGAGCAGGGGCUGGAGCUGAGACUGGGGCUGGGGCCGGGGUCGGGGUCGGAGCUGGUGGCCUGGGCAUGUCAGCAGGGACGGCGGCGGCGGCGGCGGUGCUGAUGGAGUCGGGCUUGGCGGCCAGUCUCACGUCGUCGCUGGUCGACUCGACGAGCCAGUCGACAAGCAGGCUGGUCAAGAGCUACGCCAAGGUCGAUGUGGUGCGGCCGUACUUUGAUGUGGAACACAGCGAUGUGGUGCGAAGGCUCGGAGAGUCUCUUGUACCGCUGCCAUCCAUGGCGGCAGUGGUGGGGAAGCCCGACUUGUAUGGCCCACUCAUGUGCGCUCUCACCCUGGUCGCCGUCCUCCUCCUCGGCAUGAAGGUCUCUCACCACACCCUGCACGAGGGCACGCUCAUGGGAACCGCCCUUGCAGUCGUCUUCUCGUACUGGAUCGGCGCAGCUGGCUUCUUUUACAUCCUCGGCUAUCUGCUCUCCGGCAACGACCACCUCGCCUUUAUCCCGGUCUUCUCGCUCACGGGCUACGCCCUCUUCUCGGCGUGCAUCACCCUGCUCGCAAGCUCGCUCCUCGCUUCGUCUAAUGUCUUCUUUGCGCUUUUGUUUAUUGUCGCCGGUGCCGCCGGCGCCAAGCUAGGCGCCGUCCUCAUGACCCGCGCCCAGUCGAAGCGCAAUGGGCUCAUUCUCCUCGCCGUCGUCGUCGUCACCCACCUCAUAUUCGUCUUUUACCUCCGCUGGUCGUACGUCUACGCCGUCUCGGCCGUCGAUGCCACCAUCGCUGACGUCUCGUCUGGCAUGCUCCCCGACGGCGCCCUGGCCGAGCCCGAGCCCGAGACGGUGUCGACUCUGCAGCCUGACCAGAACUCCGCGAUGCUGGCGAUGCUGGCGACGCUAGCGAUGCUGGCGACGCUAGCGAUGCUGGUGUAA